AUAGCUCUGACAAUAACUGUCAAAACUUUACUUGCAAGCUGCAAACGAAGAGGACCAAUACAGUGUUUAUUUCUGUGUCCGUGCUGUUGAACGAGCGAAACAUUUAGUUAACUGGUGUGCAGUUUGCUAAUUGUUUGAAACGAGAAGCAAAACCUCAUCAUCCAAACGAAGAAAGUGCAAACCUCAAAAGUGCAAAAAGAAGCGCGCAACUUCUUGCUCUGUAGUACAGUGUUCAACUAGAGGCAAACAACAACAACUACAACCACAACAAAGAUGGCCCAAGAAGGACAGGAUAUGCCCACAUUCAAGUGCGUGCUCGUUGGCGAUGGUGGCACUGGCAAAACAACAUUCGUGAAACGCCACAUGACUGGUGAAUUCGAGAAGAAAUAUGUUGCCACAUUGGGUGUGGAGGUGCAUCCAUUGAUCUUUCACACUAAUCGCGGCGCAAUUCGUUUCAAUGUUUGGGAUACGGCCGGACAGGAGAAAUUUGGCGGACUACGUGAUGGCUAUUACAUCCAGGGCCAGUGCGCUGUCAUCAUGUUCGAUGUAACAUCGCGUGUCACGUACAAGAAUGUGCCCAACUGGCACAGAGAUCUGGUGCGUGUCUGCGAGAAUAUCCCCAUUGUGCUGUGUGGCAACAAAGUGGACAUCAAGGAUCGAAAGGUCAAGGCCAAAAGCAUUGUGUUCCACCGAAAGAAAAACUUGCAGUACUACGACAUCUCGGCUAAAUCGAAUUACAACUUCGAGAAACCAUUCCUUUGGCUGGCCCGUAAACUGGUUGGCGAUCCCAAUCUCGAGUUUGUCGCAAUGCCAGCGCUGCUGCCGCCAGAGGUCAAAAUGGAUAAAGACUGGCAGAUUCAAAUCGAACGCGAUUUGCAGGAGGCGCAGGCGACCGCCUUGCCAGAUGAGGACGAGGAUCUAUAAGCAUUAGUUAACAAAACAAAAACAAAACACAGCAAGAAAAAGAAAAACAAAACAAUAAACUAAAAAGAGAAUAAACAACAACCAACCAAGCAACAACAAUUAUAAAACAGGGUUCAACACAGAGCAGCAAAUACGAGAAAAGUCGUCAACAACACUAGGUUUAAACUAUAAGAAUACACACACACACACA